CCACUUCACCUCCGCCCGUUCUCCGCCCGCUCCCCGCGUCUCCUGCGGCUCCUGCGGCUCCGAGCAGCACUACUCCCGGACUAACGACUAACGGCUCUCCUCCGCCAGGCCUUGACUCCCCGCCGCCGCCCGGACGCUGUGACCGAAGAUGGGGCUGACGAUCUCGUCUCUGUUCUCUCGGCUGUUCGGGAAGAAGCAGAUGCGGAUCCUGAUGGUCGGUUUGGACGCAGCUGGAAAAACUACGAUCCUGUACAAGCUGAAGCUCGGAGAGAUCGUUACGACCAUCCCGACCAUCGGUUUUAACGUGGAGACAGUCGAGUACAAGAACAUCUGCUUCACAGUUUGGGACGUUGGUGGUCAGGACAAGAUCCGACCUCUGUGGAGACACUACUUCCAGAACACACAGGGUCUGAUCUUUGUGGUGGACAGCAAUGACAGAGAGAGAGUCGCUGAGUCGGCAGAGGAGCUCGCCAAGAUGAUCCACGAGGACGAGCUGAAGGAGGCAGUCAUCCUGGUGUUUGCUAACAAACAGGAUCUUCCCAACGCGAUGGGGGUCAGUGAACUCACCGACAAACUGGGCCUGCACAACCUGCGCAGCAGAACUUGGCAUGUUCAGGCUACCUGUGCCACUCAGGGUACUGGUCUGUACGAGGGUCUUGAUUGGCUGUCCAGCGAGCUGUCGAAACGCUAGACCACCUGACAGGAAGCAGGUGACUGAUGUCAUCGACUGAAUCACCGUGUACAAAGUGAAGAAGAGGAAGAAGAGUGUUUGAAAGACUGUUUUUGUUUUUUUUAAAUUAUAAACCUGUCUGUCUGUAGGAGGAAGUGAUGUCAUGGACUCUGAGCUCACUUUGAUUUCCCAUCAUCCUCUUGUGUGUGUUAGAUCUUUGUUUCUUUUAAUCUGCAUGUUUUAACUCCGAUCAUGUGACAGGAUGUUAUGAAGAGGAGGGGCGGGGCUUAAGACAGGCGACUGAGUACCUGUGGGCAGGGGGCGGGGCUGAAGACAGGCGACUGAGUACCUGUGGGCAGGGGGCGGGGUUACCUGGUCACUUGAUGACUCAUUCCACAGCGCUGAACGGGACGCCUCGUCAUUCCUCAAAAAUGUGAAGAAGAGACGAUGAUGCAAUAAAGGAUUUGUUUUUCUUCUCAGCUGCUUUAUGUUUUCUCAACGUUCUUUAAGUGUUUUUUAAACGCUUGACAGGAAGUCGUUUUUUCAUUUGGUCAUCAGAAAAUUAAUAAACGUUUGUUAGCUCGUCCAGCAAA